UGGGACUUGUAGUAACGGGGCCCUCCUCCACUCUCUUUGACCUAGUAGCCAGCUAAGCUAGCAACUCUGUCCAAACUUUUUAGUUGCUAACUAUCGACAGACGUGGAGUAAUUAUAUUAUAGCUAACAGGCUUAUCUACUGUAAUAUUAGCUUACUUUUGUGUAUGUCAACGGUUAUGUGAUGCAAGAACAGCUAGCAAAUCAUUAGUCUCACUAUACUAGCGUUACUGUUUGUAAAGUUCUAUUAGUAGACUAGUAGCACUAGUAGUGUAGCUAGCUCUAGUAGCUACAGUAGCACACUUGUACCUCAUAAACGUUGGUAGCAAUCUGCCAUAACAUCAACAAAGAAGAAGAAGAACCAUACUUAAAUUAAACGAGUAGAAGCAAAAGUUGAUAAAAGGACAUUGUUGGUAUGAGCUGGACGACCAGUAAGAGGUUGUGGCGGCAUCCCCAGUAGCUGUCACCACGGCGGGGGACAUCCGGCCCUCCGUCUGCAGGGUGGUCAUUUACCUUCAGAGGGACAUGUCUGGGGACAGCUGCCUUCAACAACUUCACACCAAGGCUGGCUCCCACCCACCACCCUCGCUUUUGGCAUGUUCCAAGAUCAAGGCUUUCAGUAAUAGAGGUGCGGUGGGUCUGGGGAACAAGUAUGUUCGGCUGAACGUGGGAGGGACCCUGUUUUACACCACACUGCAGGUGCUGACAAAGCAAGACUCUAUGCUGAAGGCCAUGUUCAGUGGCAAGAAAGAGGUGUUCACCGACAGGGAAGGCUGGAUCCUGAUAGACCGCUGUGGGAAACACUUUGGCACCAUUCUCUCUUACUUACGAGAGGGCACGGUCACCUUGGUAAAGGGCAAGCAGGCGGUCUUGGAGCUACUGGCAGAGGCCAAGUAUUACCUCAUUCAGGGGCUGGUGGAGCUGUGCCAGAACAACUUGCAGGACGAUAAGGAGCAAGCGUUGUGUGUCAUCCCUGUGGUCACCUCUGUCAAGGAGGAAGAAAGGCUCAUUCAGGCUUGUGCAAAGCCUGUGGUGAAGCUUGUGUACAACAGAAGCAACAACAAGUAUUCAUACACCAGUAACUCAGAUGAUAACCUGCUUAAAAACAUCGAGCUGUUCGACCGGCUGUCACUGAGCCACAAUGGGCGCGUGCUCUUCAUCAAAGAUGUGAUUGGUGACGAGAUCUGCUGCUGGUCAUUCUACGGACAGGGCCGCAAGCUGGCCGAAGUGUGCUGCACCUCCAUCGUCUACGCCACGGAGAAGAAGCAGACCAAGGUAGAGUUCCCAGAGGCACGCGUCUACGAGGAGACCCUGAACGCUCUGCUGUACGAGACACUCCCUGUUCCAGACAACACACUUCUGGAGGCCACCCGUCGCCACCACGCCCACUGUGGUUCGCACAGUGAGGAGGAUGAAGGGCCAGGGCCCGGGGCGGAGGUUAGAGAGCGGGUACGGCGCAUUCAUGUCAAGAGGCACAGCACCUACGACGACAGGCCGCUGGGACACUAAAACCUCAUCAACAUGGGGGGACAACUUCAACAUUCUCUCGUCACUGCACCUACCAAAGCACUAGUGAUCUCUGGCACAAAAUGGUGGCUCUCUUGCAUUUGCCUGGUGUGUGACUUGACUAUCAAAUUGAAUCCUUUCCACAUUCAGUCUUUUUUUCUGUAUUUAUCUACAAUAAUAUUUGAACCAUUCUUAGGAAAUGAUGAGUUACUUUUACCACAUCUGUGUUUUUCUUUCUUAUUGUCUUAACACAUUUAAUUAAAAUGAACCUUACAUAUUAUUCUGUA